GCGACCUCCGUAAGUACUGUAUUGUACCCCUGUCCCCGAUGAUGACAGCCAGAUGAAGCUUCGUGGCCGUUUUAGCGACUGGACACAGCGAGCAGUGUGUGGAAUCGGAAGCUCCCGUCAAGGUAGGUACCUACACAAGCCAACACCCAUAACAGCUUCAACAACAUCGCGACAACGAAUUUUCAAAUCAACCAUCUCGAACCAACACCACCUGCUAGCAACAGCGCAGAGAUACACGAAUCAAUCGAAACGUUCCAUAAUCCCCAAACAAUCAUAACAAUCCGUCACAAUGGGUGGAAAGCGCAAGAACGCGGCUGCCGCCCGCGGCGUCUCCCCCACCCCUUCAGCAACCUCGACGACACCAUCAGCAACAGUCACAACCAAAGUCCAACCCAAAGAUUCCGCUCCUCCCAUUGCCACGACAACCAAUGCCUUUGCUACCAGCACUCAGAUUGAGCCCACGACCACCACUACUACCACCUCUACCACAAAAGCCAGUGGGACUACUAGCAAGAGCAGCAGCAGCAGCAACAUUGACAAGACGGCGGCGGCGGCGGCGGCGGGGGGACAACAAGCAUGGAACAAAGUCUUCAGCAACCUUUUGAGACACUACCAGGACACAACGCCGCAGCGGACCAAGCUGCUUGAUGCCUUCAUGGCCUUCUUGGUGGUAGUGGGCGGGUUACAGUUUUUAUAUUGCGUUUUGGCUGGCAAUUAUCCCUUCAACGCCUUCCUCUCCGGCUUCUCAGCAACAGUCGGCCAAUUCGUCCUGACGGCCUCGCUACGGAUCCAGACGACCGAGGCGAACAAGAGUGAUUUCCCUUCGGUGUCGCCUGAACGAGCCUUUGCCGAUUACCUGGUCUGUAGUUUGAUUCUGCAUUUCUUCUGCGUCAACUUUAUCAACUAGAACAGAAAUCAAUCGAGGAUGAGCGAGCAAAUGAGCGAGGGGGUCAAAAGUGCACCAGCGGGGAUGUGGAGGAUUGUCCUGCGAUUCAGGGGUUGAUAAACAGAUCCAGGUAAAUGAGUGGGAAAUGAUUGAAAGACGGGAACAUGAAGGAAGCAAGCAGGCAGGCGAUCAAGCAAGCAAGCAAUAACAGAACCGUCCAAGAUCUUAAAGGAGCCAGCAGAAGACAAAACAAAGGCGGGAGGGUAAAUUGAAGCAGGUUGGCAUUAAUUAUACCUUUCUUCUUUUCGAUUUACAGUAUGUACAGAUGAUGCUUCAAACUGAAUUGCUCUACUUCCUUCUCCC